GCUGUCACCUGAACGGCUCGUUUCCAUGGCAUCAGACAACACAGAGACCACAGGGACGGUGGUGAACCUGGACAAUGUCUUAUCAAAGGUGUCUUUCUAAAGAGGAACAGGACUUUUAUGAAACUAAAAACGCAGCUGCUGAGUUUUACCGGCUUAACAGAAUCCCCCAGGAGAUAGAGAGAGCUCUGAACGAGCUCUUCUUCCACAACCCCGGAGACGUUCACGGUUACCUGGCAAAUUACUUUACAAAUAUCUCUGCACCACCAAGGAUAAGCAGACUGAAGGGAAGGGAGGUUUACGAUGCAAGAGGAGAACUAUCCAUUGAGGCGGAGGUCUUCUGCAUUGUCUGCAACAAGGAAAAGAGCAUGGCCUCAGCUGGCCUGCCUGGCCAUUGUGGGCCUAAGAAGACUUCAAUGGACGGGAAAGCAAAGAGUCAGGAGAGGGCUGACCAUGUGAUGACUGCUGUCCAAUGGAUCAGUGCACCUCUGAACAACAAGCUGAAGGGCCAAAACCCCUGUGACCAAUCAGACAUCGAUCAUAUACUCAGCAAUUUCUUCAUGGAACGCUACGUGGAGGAGAGAAACAUCUGCAACAUGGUGAAGGAGGAGAGCUGUCCACCUAGUGAGCCUGAGGUGGUGCUUCCUUCUCCAAUACCCACACAGAAUAAGGACAAGAAGAGUGUUGACAAAGGCAAAAAGAGCAGCGCCGAGAAGCCACUUCCUCCAGCGGAGCCACCAGAACCAGUUCUGCCUGGGAGCUGGGCCAUUGGCUCAGUGUCUCUGGCUGUUGCUAAAACCGGGGCACAGUUACAGGGCAUCCCUUUCUACAAACACAUAGCAGCUCUGAAGAACCGAGAGACUCCAGCACAGUUUCACAUCCCUGUCCCCUUGGUAACCUUGCUGAGCUGUGGGAAGACUUCUCCUGGAAAACUGAAUCUAUUUGAAGAAGUCAUCCUGAUCCCCAGAGCAGGACAGCGAGUCAAACAGAUCAUCCCAAUGACCCUUGAGUUACAGAAGGAGAUGAUGAGAAUAACGAACACAUCAACAAAAACUGGGGCCACUCCGACGAUCCACUGUGACAGCGGAGCAUUGGCCGUGAGCUCCGAGAGACCUGAGCAGCCUUUGGACCUGAUCACUGAAGCCUGUGCUAACCUUGGACUGGCACUGGGAACAGACGUCCAUUUAGCACUAAACUGUGGUGCCCCUGAGCUAGUGGACUAUUCUAAAGGAAAGUAUGAAGUUGCAACAGGAGUCCUGAAGUCUCCAGAUGAAUUGGUGGACAUGUACCGAAUCCUCAUCAGCAAAUAUCCAGCAGUGAGGGCCAUAAUCGAUCCAUUUAGGAGAGAGGAUGCAGAGCAGUGGGAGAAGCUGAGCAGCGCCAUUGGAGACUCAUGCUCACUGCUCGCUGACAGCACUUACAAGUCAAAGGCCCUGCCUCUUGUUGGAGUCAGAGGUCACAUCUUAAAACACAUUCACGAGACAACUGUCAGUGAUUUGGUCAGCAUCACGUCAGAGCACCAAGGGUCAGUGUUAAUGGGAACAACAUGCAGCGAGUCCUGCAGUGAUGACUCCCUCUCAGAUAUAGCUGUGGGUCUAGGCCUGGACUAUGUCAAACUGGGAGGUCUAAGCGGUGCUGAGAGGAUGGCUAAAUACAACCGGCUCAUUUCUAUAGAGGAAGAACUGGACCAACAAGGAAACCUGGUCUCCAAGGAGAAGCACUCCCCUCCACUGUUCGCAGAAGAGCUACAAGAGCAGUCCACUGCUACAGAGAGAGCUCUGUCAGACACAGCCUGAAGGAAAACAGCACACACAACACAAGACUUCAAAUCUGCGUGCCAGUGCUACCAUGUUUCAUUUUAUUCUCAGCAUUCAGUUCUACUGUUAUCACUCACUUGCAGGUUAGGGCUGCACUGAUAUCAAAACCUACUGAGCCGAUUGUAAACAUUAUAAAGUGCAUUAACCUAGUGUCGCCAUUCUGUUUUUAAGACCUGUGGUGAAAAAGCAACAUGAAGCUCUUCAGAGAGGGUAAACCUUCAGCCAUAUUACCAGAUACUGUGCACAUUACUUCCUUACACAUACACAGGUCUGCUUUCAGAUUCCAGUCUCUCACCACCAUAAAAGCAUCCAAACAUAGCAGAACACAUGAGUCUUGACUCUUUGCUACAGUGGUCCAGGACAGAGCAGCUGGUGGACGCCAUCUUUUCAUGUGACUGCUGCAUGUUGUUUUUAUGAAUAGUGUUCUUAUCUUUUAGUUUUUGUUUAGUUGCAGUUUUUCCAAUAAAUGAAAUCCAAAUGAGUUUUAUAUUUUGGACAUGUGAGCCCACACACACACACACACACACACACACACACACACACACAAACAGCCAUGUCAGUGUUGUCCAACAAAGCCAGCCUCCUGUCUGAGCAGGACGUGUGAGAAAAGGCCCUAACUGGUCAGCACCCUUGCUGACCCCUCUUGUGGCUCCUCACUUUCUGGAGGAAAUGAUGAUGUCAUUUUAUAUAAACAGGAGAGGAGAGGCCCCGCGGAGCAUCCACACGGCCUGCAGCACAGAAAAAAGGCUGCCUGUAUACAGUGGGAAGUGGAGGAGCUUCAGAAGUGCUUUGUGUACCAGCCGCAUACAGCCACAUCAAUGGGCCUGUCAAGUGAGUUAUUCCUUAUUCAGUCUUUUCUAUGAAACAGACAACAGACAGGCUCCGGCUGACACAGCCACACUGAUGCUACAACGGCCCUAGUUAGAUUGAAGAUAGAAGGUCCAGCUGACACAAAACUGACAAGUAAACAUAUAUUUCUUUGUUUUGUUUUAUUUUUUUUUUACACCAGUUUCAUGUGAUUCACAAAAAAUGGAUAAAAAUGACACAUUUUUAUAUUAAUUCAUUGCUUCAUUUUGCAAAAAUGCCAUAUGUACUUUACUG